AUUGUUGCCUUGUAAGUACUAAAGUAUGCGUUAACAAACAAAGAAUGAAAUGCUUAUGCAAUAUCUAUUGUUUAUGGCAGGGUUGUGGCCACGUUUAUCCGUGUUUAGUAUUAUUCAUGCUUUUGAAAUCCUAAAAAAAUACUGUCUGUAAUUUUAAAGAAAACAUUGCAACGCCAUUACUCCCGUAGUGAAACAUUUGUGUGAAAUGCACUGCGCAUUGUAGCAUAUUGAGAGUGCACCUGUUUUCACAUACAUACAUACAUAUAUAUUACUCAUCAGGUAAUAAAUGGCGUUGCAUUAGUGUGCUCUCCGGGAAUAUGAUUACUGCAGUGACACGACACAUACCCGGAGCGUGGGUGUCAGUCUUACAACCCUGCCAGUAUCUCUGUGACCAGGCGACGCUUGCUCUCUUGGCGUCAGUGUUUUUGGUUCACAAGUAGAUCACAUGUUAGCUGCUCUGCCUCUUCUAUUGAGGGACGAGCUGAAGGCUACCGAGAGCGUUGAGUGAAUUUCUAUUUUAUCAGGUCCUUUCAAGGGAGCCGGGCGCCGGGACGUUUACUGGUUUAGAUGUAUUUUUAUACUACAAAGAUGUCUCGUGUUGACGGGCUCGUAUGGUCGCUGCUAGUCACAGCUCUGUCCGCUUGUCAGGUGUCCGCUGAGGAGGACUGCCUGUGGCACGUGGAUAAGAAUGGCACCUGGCACAAUGGCUUUGACUGCCCUCUGGUCUCCUUCUGCUGUGGAAACUGCCAUCGACGACACUGCUGCCUGGACCCCUUCCAGAUGAUCACAGAGAAGCAGCAGAAACACUGCAUGCUGUUUCAGUUCAGCCCCACCACCAUCGCUGGCAUCGCCUCGUCCAUCCUGCUCUUCAUGGUGAUCAUCUCCACGCUGGUCUGCUGCUUCAUGUGUUCCUGCUGCUACCUGUACCAGCGCUGGCAGCAAAUGAGAACGCCUCACCAAGGUCAGCAUAUCCAGAUGACCAGUUACCCGAGGGACUUUACAUACCCAGCCCAGGGCAAACCCGCGGGAGGUCCUGGUGAUCCAUACCCGGGAGCACAGCACUACCACCCUGCCGCCAUGCCCCCUCACUACCCCUGCGCCGUGCCCCCUGCACCCUACCCGCCUGCAGACCAGGGAUACGGAUACGGAGUGGCAGCCCCCCCUCCCUACCCUCCCCCACAGUACAGCGGACUCUGAAGCACAGCCCACGCAGGAGGAGGAGAGUGGAGGGUCUCCAGUGCUUUCAGCACCUCUGUAUAUGCUUCUGUAACACUGGCUAACGUAGUGCAUGCACUCUGUACACUGCAGCAUUUCUUUGUGUUUGUCCUGAGCAUGGCUGGUGCGAGGAGUCAGAAGGGACGGCACAUCCGAGUAAGUGUUUAAACUAAGGGAAGCGUGGAGUUUGAUUAGGUGUAAAAGACCUCUCUUUAAAAAGGUAGAAUGGAAAGGGGAUACAAAAGCAUUCUCUUUACCUGAACCCUGGCAUUCUUGUAGUUUUGUUUUGCAAUUUUUUUUAAAAUAAAGUUUAAGCUAAGCAAGAUUCAGAGCCACAAGCCUGGCUGCUGAAGACCAUGUUUAAAAAAACAUUCAAUCAAAAAAAGCAAAUGAGGCCUCAUGGACAAUGUGAUGAAAUACCAAAACAAGACAGAAUUGGAAACCAAAUAACUGGAAUGACACGCUGGUAAGAGAAUAACCUGUGCUUUAUAAAAACCCUUUCCAUCUACCUAGAAGACUCCCCUACACCAUUAAUAAAUAGAGACGUAUUGGAUUUCUUAUCAAAUUAGAGAAUGUAAGACAGCAGAAGCGUUUUUAAUAUCCUCUGUAACCCCAAGAGUCCAAACUGAACUGUAUUCUGCACCAAGCUGCUGUCCUAAUGGAAAGCAGGCCGACCGCAGCUGAAGAAACUAAACUUCAGUAUCCGAAUCCUCCGAGGAAGAGCGUGAACCUUCUCCAGCUGAGCCUGUAGGGUUACUGGUGAAGAAACACAAACACCUUGAACGAAGAGUAGCCUGUGCUUCUGAUACAGAAUCUGACCAGUGCAAGGGUGAAACUCAAGCAUCACAGCCCCUGUCCGUUCAGUUUUGCACUGGAUGUCUGGAGAUGCCGUGUUUGCUUGUGGAGAUGUGUAGGGAUGUUGUUUUUUUUUUUCUUAUUGUUUACACUAAUUCCCUCAUUGCUGUUUACCGCACUUGACUGCUUGUGCCAUUUGACCGCAGCAUGUGCUGGAGGUGAUGUCAGACCGCGUUGAGCAUCUGAAGCCUGUUUCAUUUAUGUGUUGGCAUGCACAGCAUUUGGAAAUGUUUUAUUGAACUGUUUCAACAAGUCUAGUCUCUGUCUGUGCUGAAUGUGUUGGUGUGGCUUUUUUAAUUAUUAGUCGGUGUCUUUUGUAUUAAACAGCGACAUCUAGUGGCACAGCUGUGUAUUGCAAGCACUGCUGUCUGAAGUAGCUCUGUAAACUCUAUGGCUGCAUCUAGACCUGAGAGGAGCUCUUGAGCGCAUAGUUAAUGCACCUUAACACAGGCUUCAUUGUUUUUUUUUUAAUUGUUUAACUCAAUGCACUCAAUGGCAGCUCAUAACGGCUGCAGAGCUCCCAGCAAAGGUGCAAGCCUUCAUCUCCAGUUGCUUCUGUUGUUUGAUUGAUUGUAUAAAAUAACACGAUGGAUAGUGAUAUCAAAGAAAUUUUAGUAAAUAAUUCUCUUUAAAAAAAAAAAUAAAAAA